GUUCCCUCAGACAAGAGGGCGGGUGGAGGAGGAAGCGGCCGAGCACCCGCCCGCCUCAGUAGACUUCGCGCUUCAGCUCCCGGGCCUUGCGGCACCGAGAAGGAGAAGCCAAGGCGGGCCGCAAGGAGAGGAGGCGGCGGGGGAGCGGGGCGGAGGCGGCGCGGGCGGCCGCGGCUGCCGCUUUGUUGUGCGCGGCCCGGGCCGAGGAAGCAGAAGUGGGAGGAGGGGGGAGCUCUGCGUCCCGCUCCCUCCGCGGCUCAUGGCGACUGCGCUCGGCACAUCCGGGACCCUCCGGCCCUGGCGGCCGCGGUGCGGGCUGUUCGGGCCCCGGCCCCGGCCUCUGUGGUGACUCCUCCGCGUCUCGCCGUCGUCCCAGCCCAGCCCGCUCUCUCGCCGCCACCACCGCCGCCUCCCCCGCCGCCGGGGACAUGUCUAACCCCGGAGGCCGGAGGAACGGGCCCGUCAAGCUGCGCCUGACAGUACUCUGUGCAAAAAACUUGGUGAAAAAGGAUUUUUUCCGACUCCCUGAUCCAUUUGCUAAGGUGGUAGUUGAUGGUUCUGGGCAGUGCCAUUCUACAGAUACUGUGAAGAACACACUUGAUCCAAAGUGGAAUCAGCAUUAUGACCUGUAUAUUGGAAAGUCUGAUUCAGUUACAAUCAGUGUAUGGAACCAUAAGAAGAUCCAUAAGAAGCAAGGUGCUGGAUUUCUUGGUUGUGUUCGUCUUCUUUCCAACGCCAUCAACCGCCUCAAAGACACUGGUUAUCAGAGGUUGGAUCUAUGCAAACUGGGGCCAAAUGACAAUGAUACAGUUCGAGGACAGAUUGUAGUAAGCCUUCAGUCCAGAGAUCGAAUAGGCACUGGAGGACAAGUUGUGGAUUGCAGUCGUUUGUUUGAUAAUGACUUACCAGAUGGUUGGGAAGAAAGGCGGACUGCCUCUGGAAGAAUCCAGUAUCUAAACCACAUAACAAGAACUACACAGUGGGAACGCCCGACAAGACCAGCGUCGGAAUAUUCUAGUCCUGGCAGACCUCUUAGCUGCUUUGUAGAUGAGAAUACUCCAAUUACUGGAACAAAUGGUGCAACGUGUGGACAGUCUUCAGACCCCAGACUAGCAGAGAGAAGAGUCAGGUCCCAGCGACAUAGAAAUUACAUGAGCAGGACACACUUACACACGCCUCCAGAUCUACCAGAAGGCUAUGAACAGAGGACAACACAGCAAGGCCAGGUAUAUUUCUUACAUACUCAGACUGGUGUGAGCACAUGGCAUGAUCCACGAGUGCCUAGGGAUCUUAGCAACAUCAAUUGUGAAGAGCUCGGUCCUUUGCCUCCUGGAUGGGAGAUCCGCAAUACCGCAACAGGCAGAGUUUAUUUCGUUGACCAUAACAACAGAACAACACAAUUUACAGAUCCUCGACUCUCUGCUAACUUACAUUUAGUUUUAAAUCGUCAGAACCAGUUGAAAGACCAACAACAGCAGCAAGUGGUGUCAUUAUGUCCCGAUGACACUGAGUGUCUGACAGUGCCAAGGUACAAACGAGACUUGGUUCAGAAACUAAAAAUCUUGCGGCAAGAACUUUCCCAACAACAACCUCAGGCCGGCCACUGCCGUAUUGAGGUUUCUAGGGAGGAGAUUUUUGAGGAAUCAUACAGACAAGUCAUGAAAAUGAGACCAAAAGAUCUCUGGAAACGAUUAAUGAUAAAAUUUCGUGGAGAAGAAGGACUUGACUAUGGAGGGGUUGCCAGAGAAUGGUUGUAUCUCCUGUCGCAUGAAAUGUUGAAUCCUUACUAUGGUCUCUUCCAGUAUUCUAGAGAUGAUAUCUACACGUUGCAGAUCAAUCCUGAUUCUGCAGUUAAUCCGGAACAUUUAUCUUAUUUCCACUUCGUUGGACGAAUAAUGGGAAUGGCUGUGUUCCACGGACAUUAUAUUGAUGGUGGCUUCACAUUGCCUUUUUAUAAACAGUUGCUUGGGAAGUCAAUUACUUUAGACGACAUGGAGUUAGUUGAUCCAGACCUUCAUAAUAGUUUGGUGUGGAUACUUGAAAAUGAUAUCACAGGUGUUCUGGACCAUACCUUCUGUGUUGAACAUAAUGCAUAUGGCGAAAUUAUUCAGCAUGAACUCAAACCAAAUGGCAAAAGUAUCCCUGUUACUGAAGAAAAUAAAAAAGAAUAUGUCAGGCUUUAUGUAAACUGGAGAUUUCUCCGAGGCAUAGAAGCUCAGUUCCUGGCACUGCAGAAGGGAUUUAAUGAAGUCAUUCCACAGCAUCUGCUGAAGACAUUUGAUGAGAAGGAGCUGGAGCUCAUUAUUUGUGGACUUGGCAAAAUUGAUGUGAGUGACUGGAAGGUCAACACCCGGUUAAAACACUGUACACCAGACAGCAAUGUUGUCAAGUGGUUCUGGAAAGCUGUGGAGUUCUUUGAUGAAGAGCGACGGGCACGGCUACUCCAGUUUGUGACAGGGUCCUCUCGAGUGCCUCUGCAGGGCUUCAAAGCACUACAAGGUGCUGCAGGCCCGCGGCUCUUUACCAUACACCAGAUUGAUGCCUGCACGAACAACUUGCCAAAAGCCCACACUUGCUUCAAUCGAAUAGACAUUCCGCCCUAUGAAAGCUAUGAAAAGCUCUAUGAAAAGCUGCUAACAGCCAUCGAAGAAACAUGUGGAUUUGCUGUGGAAUGAUGAGCACCAAGGACUUAACCUAGAACUCUUAUUUAUCCCCGGGCCGACAGCCUCCUUCAGCAGCGCUUCAGAGAACGCUGGAAUACAGGGCAGCCCCCUCCCCUGCCCCUUAGAUUCUAGGACACUGAGGGGAAAGGACAGUUUUGAAAUUCCUUUUCAAGGAAAAAUAAAGGUCUUUAUGCUUUGCCAUGAGGACACACUCAGCUGCUAUUUAAAAAUUAAUACCUUGAACCUAAAGAAUGCUGACUCCCUGCGUUUCCAGAGUUAGGCAGUAUUCUACACUUAAAGACUACUACUAUUUUUAUAAAAGGUUAUCUAUCCAAAUUGCUUCACAGACUCACGUCUCUCGCACAGCAAGACAACUCCAGCAGUCGGUACACAUCACAUUUCAUUUUGACUGAAUACAUGAUUUUUGAACAGCUCCUAUACUUGCUCUUUGUAAAAACUAAAUAAAAUUAUUUUGAAUUGUUCCACCUUUGUAAACAAUUGGCUAAAGGAAUCAUUACCUUUAUGAAAUUAAGCCAUUUACAUGUUUACUUGUGUUUUUCUAUAGCAGAGUGUUAUAUUUUGCAUUAUGUGUGGGUCACCCUAGCUUAGGUGGGGUUUUAUAUUUUUCAAGUGUGACUUUCUUGGAAAUUCCUAAUACAACCAUUUAAACUGAAUUUAUUUGCUAUCCUCCCUGUUUUUAAGACAACUUUUUAAAAAGAAAAAAAAGUCUUCAUGUUCUUGAAUCAAGAGGAUCGGGUAUUUUGGAUUUACUUUCAUCUUAAAUUGAAAUACUGCAUUUUUAUAGCUUCUCUGCAUGUGAUGGGGUUUUCAUUCUUUGCUGGGUCAGCUUGUCUUUUAUAUGCUAUUUCUAUAAACCAAAGUCUCUAAUAAGUACAUCUAACUUAUAUUUUAAUUAAGUUUCUAAAAGGAAAAUUUUUGCUCUAAAGAUUGUUUAGCUUAGAGAGCCCUGCUAUUACCUCACUGGAAGAGCUGGAGGUGGCAGUGGGCAUGGUGGGCAGGGAAUGUUGUACGUGAGUGAAGUCAGGUGUGCUGGCCAUGCCUGUGAUCCUGCUCCUGGGAGGCUGAGGCAGGGGGAGUAGUUCAAGUUCAAGGCCAGCCUGAGCUACAUAGCAGAUCUUGCCUCAAAUGAGAAUGACUCUAAGUCUAUUGUACAAUUUACUCUAAAACUGAAGAGUUCAUUUAGAAGUAAGGGAGUGGAAGUGGAGCCCUGGCUGCUACAUUGCUGACUUCCAAGCGUUCAGGUUGAGUUUUUAAGGUGUGUGGCUCAUCCCGUGAUCCAGAAGGUAACCAAAAUUCUGGGGUGAGGGAUUGUAACCAUCUAAAAUCACAUUGGAUUUUAAAUUCAACCAUCCAAAACAACGCACUAUUAUUUUUAAACAUGAUGUAAAAUAAAAAUAGCAAAUUUUGAUGAGCUUGGACACAAGGACAUGAAGAACACUUGAUAGAAAUCAUGACUAAGCCUGGUGACUGACACCUGUAAUCCUAUCAUUGAGGAGGCAGAGGCAGGAGGAUGAGGAGAUCAAGACCAGUGUGGUCUACACGUGGGUUUGAGGCUACUUUGAGACCCUGUCUCCAGGGGGAGAGGACCACAACUGACUGGGAUACAGUAAUAAUGAGAUGCUACUUUUAGUGGUUUUUCCAUGCAGUGUAAAGCAGACAAAUCCCAUCUCUUUGAGUGCCUUUUAACUUUAUAACAAUGACUUGACAGAGCUUUAAAGGAGAUCACCCUAUGUAACAGUCUGCAGUAGCACAUGACAUCCGAAAACAUGAUUUAGAUUUCAAUUUCAAAAUUGCAUUACCUGAUUACUUCCAAAUAGGUGCUAAGCCAACAAAAAAAAAAAAAACCCAGUGUCGUUGAACCUGGACUUGCCUUGUGUUUAAUGUGAAUAUUUAUAUGUUUCCACGUAUCCUUCCUCUAGUUGCGCUGUCUCAGCAUCCCCCUUCUUUCCAUCAGGAAAGCUUAAUUCUGACCAGUGGAUACUUUGUAGUCCUCAAAUAGUAACGAGGCCACUAUUUCUUGGCAGAAAGUUUUAAGGUAGUGCUAUGGAUCCUGUACAUCGUUUUGCAGUUCGUUGCCCUGUAUUUUUACAGUGCUCCCACCCCCAUCUAAAGGCCAGAGCACAAAUUCCUUGUCUCCUAAAUCCGUUGUAAUUUGCUUUCUUUGACAACACUAAAUCUGCUCUGAACUUCAGUGCGUUGGACGAGUAGCACUGAUGGUGAUGGUGUUAGGUGCUUCCAGCGCCUGCAGGGUCGGCAGCACCUUGUCUUUCAGCUGCAGCUUACUGUCAGCGGCUACGUGUGGUGGUUAAUGUCCUCACACUAGGAUGAUGAUUGUACCAAAUGCUGAGUUGCUUAUUCUAGAUGUAAUUAGUUCACUUUAUGUAAUAUUCUUCCUUUUCUCAAACUGACUUUAAAAACAAAGUUUUAUCAUUUUCAUUGUAUUUAUUGCAGAAUGUUUUAGCUUUGAUAUUCUUUGUAUUUUCACUCAUUUGUUACAUGAGCUUUAUAUCAAUAACAUCUGUAUAAAUGGUUUUUAAGAAUUAACUAUGUAUGUAUGUAUGUGCCCAUGCCGAAGUUGAGCAAUAAAAUGAAUGCUGUUUGCACUGCCA